AGCAAACGCUCAUGAACACUAGAAUUGGAAAAAUGGUGGCCAGCGUCAGAGUGCAGAAGCUCCUCCGACGAUACAAACUAGCGAUUGCCGCCGCGUUAACGAUUCUUCUGAUUCAAGGGCUAGUAGUAUGGAGUCUGAGAAGUCUCGAAGAGGGCGAGGCGGAGUCUCUCGGUCCCAGCUUUGAUGCACCUGUACUGACAUCGCGCUGGAUGGUAGCGUGGUGAACAGCCCGUGGCUCGAGUGGUCACACAGAGCUGUCUCACUGAGCUGUGCAUAAAUGGAGGGAGAGGAAGCAUCUAAGGAGGGCCCCAGAAGAGGUACUGUGCAUAGGAGGAAAACGCGGCGGUCUAAGCUACCUGACCACAACAGCCAGGACCCCAAAAGGGAGGCGGUGGCCUGGGAGAGACAGAACGUCUUGUCUGGGAGGAGCGGGGCCCGAUGGAACAGCAGGCUGGAGAGGACGGGGGCCACGGCUGCCAGCGCCCUCCGGAGGGGCACCAAGCGCCGGGGGAAGCACACCAUCAGGGUGAAGGUGCCCCUGGGCCAGGGGGUAGCAGUUGAUGGCGUUCCCCCCCAUGACCCCUCCAGCAGCCGUAACUUCACUGAUACCCGAGGUGGAGGGGAGGGGGCAGCCAGACUACCCCCUCCAGUCAUGCCAGGGGAACCGGGCAGCGUGGAGGGGGCACCCCAAGCCCCCAGCAGCGACUUUGUGCCCAAGUGUGACAUCAUGGGCAAGGACGCCCUGUCGGCCCUGCACCGCGCCGGCUCGCGGCAGUGCCGGCAGGAGAUCGCCAACAUUGUGUGCCAGCAUCAGGCCGGGCAGCUCAUGCCAAGGGCACUGCCUCAGUUCUGCCCGCUGCACGGUUUUUCCAGCCCGGUCCAGACAGCUGAUGAGCUGGACAAUGACCUGUCCAAGGUGGAGAACCCGGUCAGGGUGGCCUUCGUCCUGGUGGUCCACGGCCGGGCCGUCAGGCAGCUCAAACGCCUCAUCAAAGCCAUAUACCACCGAGACCACUUCUACUACAUCCACGUGGACAAGCGUUCCAACUACCUGCAUCGGGAGGUGCAGCAGAUCGCCCAGCAGUACCCCAAUGUGCGUGCCACGCCCUGGCGCAUGGUGACCAUCUGGGGUGGUGCGAGCCUGCUGAAGGCCUACCUGCACAGCAUGCAGGACCUGCUCUCCAUGCUGGACUGGAAUUGGGACUUCUUCAUCAACCUCAGUGCCACUGACUUCCCCACCAGGACCAACGAUGAACUGGUGGCUUUUCUGUCACAGCACAGAGACCAGAACUUCCUCAAGUCACAUGGGCGGGAGAAUGCGAGGUUCAUAAAGAAGCAGGGUCUGGACCGGCUGUUCCAUGAGUGUGACAACCACAUGUGGCGGCUGGGUGAGCGGACCAUCCCAGAGGGCCUGGAGGUGUCUGGGGGCUCUGACUGGUUCUCCCUCACCAGGCGCUUCGUAGAGUAUGUCAUCAACUCCCAGGAUGAGCUGGUGGCGGGCCUGAAACAGUUCUACACCUACGCCCUGCUCCCCGCUGAGUCCUUCUUCCACACAGUGCUGGGGAACAGUCACAUGUGUGACUCUCUGGUGGACAACAACCUGCGUGUUACCAACUGGAACAGGAAGCUGGGCUGUAAGUGCCAAUACAAACACAUAGUGGACUGGUGCGGCUGCUCUCCCAACGACUUCAAACCACAGGACCUCGUCAGGAUACAGCAACUGACCCGGCCCACGUUCUUUGCCCGAAAGUUUGAGUCCAUGGUGAACCAAGAGGCUAUAGACAUCCUGGACACCCACCUGUAUGGACACUACGCCCCAGGGACAGUGGCCAUCAAGGCCUACUGGGAGAGCCUGUUUGAGCUGGCGGACGGGGUGGGCUCCCUCAGUGACGUUGCCCUCACGGCCUACUCUUCCUUCUUCCGCCUGGGCCUCAGGAGCCUGGAGAGCAGCCAGACCAGCCUGGAGACCUGCAGGUAUGAGCCAAUAGGCUACCCGGUGUCGGUGCACCUGUAUUUCUACGACGAGCGUUUCCAGGGCUACUUGGUCCGUCAGGAGGUGCAGAAGGUGGGGUCAAGGGUCAGGGAAACGGUGGAGGUGUGGGCCGUGCCUCAGGCCACCAUGCAGCUGGAGAACAACCUCCGGGAGUUUGAGAGGCUCAAGAACCUGGAGGUGGGCACAGAGUGGGACCCCAAGGAGAGAAUAUUCCGGAACUUCGGCGGUGUGAUCGGGCCGAUGGACGAGCCGGUGGCGGUACAGAAGUGGAUUCGGGGGCCCAACCUCACUGCCACCAUUGUGUGGAUCGACCCCGCCCAGACGGUGGCGGCGUCUUAUGACAUCAGUGUGGAUGUGGACGCAGAGUACACGCAGUACAAGCCCCCGCUGCAGCGGCCGCUCCGCCCCGGGGCCUGGACUGUCAGGGUGCUGAGGCUGUGGGAGCGUGUGGCUGAGGCUCGCUUCCUCGUCAUGCCCCUGGCCUUCAAAGGACGAGAGCCACUACGCCAAGAGGAGGACAGCUGGCUGCACGCGGGGCCACCAGGCAACAUGUACCUGGAGCAGGGCUUCCAGCAGCUGAGAUCUGUUCUGAAGCUGCCCCCACAGGAGCCUGCCCUGCAGGAGGCCCAGCAGAGGGCCCAGCUGGUGGGCAAGCCCCUGGAAGCUUGGGUGGACCGCACCGUGGGGGCCUUCUGGGUGACCGGGGACCUGUGCUCCACCCUGCCCUCCCCGGGCCCCUGCCCUUCCCUUGGCCCCUGUACCAAGUCCACCUGGAGCUCCCUCGCCCCAGACCCUAAGUCAGAACUUGGCCCUGUCAAAAGUGACGGCCGGAUCAGGUAGCCCCCCGGACAGGAGGCAUGCUGGACUAUAGUAGAGGGAGAGGGGAUUAUAUGUGAGCCCUGAGAAGAGGGGAAGAUAUGUGAGUCCUGAGUGGGGUCUGGUCUCUAAGGCUAACUCAUAAGGCACAUAAAUAGACACGGCUUCUCCCUACAUACGCUGAGGAGUGGCUAUGCUCUCAGUUUAGAGGCUACAUGCCCUUUUCAGAGGAGAUGCGUGGUGGAAAUUUGCACACGAAGACUGCAAGACAAAGUUUUUUUUUGUGUUCGAACUUCAUUGUUCGUUACAUGGACAAUUUGUGUUAUGUUAUCUGUCUGCAUAUGUCUUCAUUCAGGGUCUGUCUGGGUAGAACUUUGGAAAGAGGAGAACCCCACCCGCACAUGUUUGAACUCUGUUCAAUGCACAGUUUUCUUCUGCUUUAAGGAAUUUAAAGCAGUGGCCAACAUUUUGACAGUGGCUAAAUGCUGUGUUGUAUUGUUGUCAGAGGGCAGUGGGUCCUCUGGACUAGUACCUUUGUGCUUAUUUUCAAGCAUUAUCAGAACAGCAGCAGCAGAUUGGGGAAGUGCACUUUACUGUAAGACUAAGGUUACACAGGACCGGGUCGAUCAGUAGUUGGAGAAUGACAACGAGGAGGAUUAGGAGCUUAAAAGGUCAAGGUGGAGGUCGUCACAAUGGUGACGUGGCAUCCUCUUCACUUACUUACAUGUCUUUUGUAUAAAAGUGCUGCUAGAACGUUGCGGCGUCACUAUCACAUAUCUGACCCAGCUAGCUCACCUGGAGGAGGAAGAAUAAUAAUGUUCUGAGUUACCAGCUGGGAGACAAGUUAAAGUUGGGAGAGUCCUCUUUCCCCCAUGAGUUCUGUUUACUGUGACAUGUUUUUAAAUGUUUGUUUUGUUUGUUUCUUGAACAUUGAGAUGUGUCUUUGUUGUCCAUGAUCACUGCAAAGCAAAGCCACCGGGGGUUUUGUGUGUCAGAGGAAGUGCCUAACUGAUGUAGGUAAUAUUCUAGGCUACAGUGGCCUGGCUCUCCAGUGUGGCAUCAUCAUUUUCACAGUGGACUACAUCGCUUCUCAAUGGGUCUAGUCAUAGUUAUGGUAUAUAGGCCUAGCUAGAGCCAUAUAUUUAGAGUUAGGCAAACUUUUAGAAUAUUGUUCUAAUACUAGACAGUCAUGCAAAUACAUUAUAAUGCAGAAACCUUGUUGGCCCAACUCUCUAAGUACAUGGCUCUGGGCUAGCUGCCUCUUCUGUAUCAGUGUAUAUGCAGUGCAGUACUGUCCAUGUGGUCUAUGCUCUGUAUGCCAACAAAGUGAAGACUCUUCUGUCAUCUACCUACCACUUUAAUGUUACUGGUUGUCCAUAAGCAUUUCUACAACAAUGAAACUCCCAUCCAGGAGGGGUCAACAUGACUAUUUCAUGGUCUGGUUAAGAAAUCGAAGCUGCCUUUACUUUGUUAAUAUGAACUGUUUAUAAUGGGAGAAUAGCUUCAAGACGUGCACUUAUUUCCCUUUUAGACAAUUCUGAAACCCUACCCUAUACCUUUGUUUUUAAUUGUAAUGUUUUAAAACUAGACUGGCUGAAACUCCUACUUUUCUUGUUUUUUUUUCAGUCUCUGAGUUUACAAGUGACCUUGUUUCCCUUGCACACUUGCUUCAGUGAUGCUUCCAUUUAACAGAAAGAAUAGAAGAGCACCGUUUAGUGUAAAUGGAAUAGAUUAUUCAUAUUUUAGUCUUUGAGAAAUAUAUAUUUGUCCAUCCAUUCAAUAUCAACUCCUUUUUCAAACUAUUGAGAACCACUUCUUGUAUUAUUUUUUUUGGACACAUCACACUUCGUUCAAUGUCACUUCUGUCCACGCUUCCGUCCACAGCCCACUCAUGACUCACUCUGAUGAUGACAUAGUGGCACUGGCUCCCUGACUCAGGCAUGACAGUGCUGGACUGAAGAGGGGACUGCUGGCCAAUCACAGAACGCCUCUGGUAAAACAUGGCAACCGGUUGACUGGUGGCACAAUAACAAAAAACAAACGAAUAAAAACAAUCCAAUCUUGUCCAGUAUUGCUUUUUUUGGGGUAUUUUGUUUUUGACUAGUUGAUUGAUUUCAAAUAGCAGAAUGAAAUGUAUUCUGCUAGUGAGUAAUAUCAGUGCUUUAUGUGAUUAUUU